UACUUAACCUCCUGCUUCUCUCUUCUCCUUAAUUCAUACUCAUUCUUAACUCAAGAGUUCUGUUUUGUCUUUCCUAAUAUCCAUGGCCAAAUCUUCAAAUCUCCUCCUCUGUCUCUCUGUUUUCAUCUUUAUCAUCACUAAAUUCGCCUUGGCUCAGACAUGUUCCAACUACAAAUUCUCCAGCAACACUCUCUUUGAGUCAUGUAACGACCUCCAUGUUCUUGAUUCCUUCAUUCACUACACUUACAACUCUUCUUCCGGCAAUCUCCAAGUAGCUUAUCGCCACACAAAUCUCACCUCCAAGAAAUGGGUGGCAUGGGCAGUGAACCCCACUUCCACAGGCAUGGUCGGAGCUCAAGCCAUUGUAGCUUCACCACAACCAGAUGGCAGUGUUAGGGCUUACACUUCACCCGUCAGCAGCUACCAGACGAGUCUCCAAGAAGGUGACCUGAGUUUCAACGUCUCUGAGUUAUCUGCUACUUAUCAAAACAACGAGAUGACAAUCUUCGCAACUCUGACUCUUCCUCUUGCUAAUGGUGGAAACAUUAACACUGUGUGGCAAGAUGGGUCUCUCUCCGGGACCAAUCUUCUGCCUCAUCCAACUUCUGGCAACAAUAUCCGCUCUGUUUCCACUCUGAAUCUCCACUCCGCUGCAUCAGGAGGUGGAGGAGCAGGAGCAGGAGACUCCAAGCUUGGGCUACAGGUCUCAAGCUGGGCGGGGAAUCAGCCGGGAUUCAGUUUAGCGCUCACCGUGCUAUCGGUAUCGCUAUCUUCUGCCUUGCAACAGUUCAAGUGUUUGCUUUGUUUCUAAGACCUAAACCAGAGCACAAGUACAGAGUUUACUGGAACAUCUACCACCACAUCAUCGGCUAUACUGUGAUCAUUCUUGCAGUGGUGAACGUUUUCAAAGGGUUAGACAUCUUGAGCCCUGAGAAGCAGUGGAGAAACGCUUACACCGCUAUCGUCAGAACGCUGGGCUUAGUUAGUUGCUGCCAUGCUCGAAGCCUUUACUUGGUAAGACGUCUCAGCUUGGAAACAAUGGUCGGUCUCAAUAGGGCAUAGAAAUGGUUGGUAGUAGAGGUUAGAGAGUGAAAUUUUGGUUGUUUAUCGGUUUUGUUGAUUAUUUUCUACAUGUAUACGUAGAUUAAAUUAAAUACAUUUGAUGUUUGAAAGUUGUUGGAAGGUGAGUCUCUUGAUGCUCAUUUACACCUUCAUGAUGUGUACAUGUGAACUUAUAAACAAAGCCAUUUUAUUUUAUCAACA